AUGAAAGAUACAGUGCCUGGUGUUAGUCAGUUGUUUGGAUGCGCCAAGUUUCCUAUCUCUGAAGAUUGGAACAGCGACUUCGGCGUGGAAAUCUUCAUUGUGCAUGCAUACGUUAGGUUCCUCCACAACGGUCCACCGCCUGAUAAUGGUGUAGAAGUACUGGGUGUCGAAUGGCGAUGCACAGUGGAGUUACGUCCUUCGGAAAACAAUAUUCAUGAAGAAAGAUCCUCAUUGGUGGACGCGAAAAUUGUCAUUGACACGACUCACGCGGAGAUCGACCACCUACACACCGAUGGGGGGUGUCUGCGUGACGACUCGGUACUAUUAUACCAUUCUUUUGUAGUGUCUUUGAUCACCGUCUUCUUUGUGCAAAAAUACGACUCAUCCACUCAAAGUGAAAGAAUAUCUGAUAGCGGCGAUAAAGAAGUCUUAUACGACGACUGCGUACUCGAUGACUCUUUCUCGAAACCCGAUUGGCAUAUCGAAGAGAACCCAAACCUAGACCAAGAAGAAGGAGAACGUGCUGAUGGUGACGAGGGGAUAUCAGCAAAUAAUGAUUGA